AUGAAAUUAUGCCCACUGCAGUUCAUACCUGAUGAACCUGAACUGUGGCUUGCAAUGCUUGAUCUGAUUUUCCAUCAUCAUGGCAUUGUAAUCGAAGAGACAAAAUUUAUGAUCGCCGUUAGUGCGCUUGACAAUAAAACAGCAAUAAUCAGCGCACAUAUAAUACUUAAGCCGCUCGCCGUGCAAAAGUACAUGCGUUUUAAGCAGUUACUCAUUGAGCGACUACAUCGGCCGGUGGAACAACGUAUCCAGCAAGUAUUGGACAGUGAAAAGAGAGGAGACAAGUCACCUUCGGAAUUUUGGCAGCACCUGCGAAGCUUAGUCAACGACACCAAGUUGCCAGUUACGACACUGCAACAUGUAUGGCAAGUGCAGUUGCCAGAGGUAGUUAGAACAGCUGUGGUGCUCUUAGAUGCACAAGAUAUGUCAUCGUUGAUCUCAUUAGCCAACAAGGUCUACACCUCAGAUGCAGUGCAUAUGUUGACGGUGAUGUUCUGA